UUUUUAUGGCUUUUUGUUGGCUGAUACGCUAAUAUCAACGCAAAUAUUUAAUAAUUAAGAGCUUGGUGUGAAGUUUUAAAAGCAUAACAACAAUGCGACCGCGGUAGAGUAGUAAGAACAGGCGCAACUUUGCUAUACUGAAUGGGUUUGCCUAAAAAAAAAUGUUAUUUUGAGGUCAAGUUAAUGUUUAAAUGAAAGGAAGAACCAUUUUACAGUUUCUCGUCAGACAAGUUGGGAAACAGCAGCUGUAAACAGAUGCAAUAAAGCCAGGUGGAUUAGCUUUCUUGCCACACCUAGCUUAGCAAACUAAGGUUGGUCAACGGACGUUAGCAUGCUAUGCUAAAGGUACAGUGAACCUUAACGUUACUGUACUGCACUGUGCGGCUAGUUAGCAGAGGCUAGCGACACGUUCACUCCACACCGGGCCUGGAUAACAGUGGAUUAAGUGCCAAAUGGCCUCUUUAGCACCACACAAUUUCUCCUGGGUCGAGCCAGGCAAGCUGGCUGGGCUGGCGCUUCCCAGAAUGCCGUCUGACUAUCGGUAUCUGCUGGACAAUGGCAUCAAACAUCUGGUUUGCCUGUGUGAGAGGAAACCACCUAACCAUGACACAUGCCCAGACCUACAGCUGCACCACAUCAAGAUCGAUGACUUCACUCCUCCAACACCAAAUCAGAUUGAUAGAUUCUUAUCCAUAGUGGAUGAAGCCAACGCCAAAGGAGAGGGUGUAGGAGUUCACUGCAUGCACGGCCACGGCAGAACAGGGACCAUGCUGGCCUGCUAUCUGGUGAAGACGAGGAAGAUUUCAGGUGUGGACGCCAUCAAUGAGAUCCGGAGAAUACGUCGCGGCUCGAUUGAAACUCAUGAACAAGAGAAAGCAGUGGUGCAGUUUUAUCAGCGCACCAAAUAACAACUUAAUUUUACAGCGGACAAAACAGAUGUGCAUUUCUUAAUAGUGGUGGUGACAAUUACAGCUUUAUACAAUUUAUUUUUAACAAGCAAUUAGGGGAGCAAUAUUUUAGGUGCCUCAACAAUACUAUUCAAAAAGGAAUUAACAAGUUUUUAAACAAUAGAUGAAAGAAAAAAAUGCACAACAGAUCUGAACUAAAAAUUGUCACGCUCUUGGGAACUUUAAAGAAUUUCACAGUGAUGGGUACAUAAACUAGUAUACUAUUUUUUCUACAUGAUAUAGUGUCAUUUUGCUAUCAUUUCAUACAAAAUGUCAUUUUUUUCCUUUAUAUGGAGAUGGUCCUCAUGUUUUUGGGCUUCUGCUUUCAUGGCUGCAGCUUUCAUGUCAGGGAAAACAGACGCUGGCGCUCCUUGAAUGUGAGGGUUUCAGGAGCUGCUGCUCUCUUGAUUUUCCUCUGCUGGUUUCUGUAAAGAAAAUAUUGGGAAUAAGAGAAACACUUGAAUGUUAUUAUUGGAAGAAUUUCUGUGGACAUAAAUCCUAGCUUGUGGUAUUGGAAACAAAAUAUAUUUAUUAUUCAUAGAUUUAUUUUUUUUUUCUCAGGGAUUUCUUUCCAGCACUUUUAGUGUGUUUCAUCACAAGAGAUUAAUAAAAUGCACUGUAAUCAAUGUCUCUCCCAAAACUGGAAUAAGCUACUGCAGUUGUGAUGAUACACUGACAUUCAUGUAAAGUGAUCUUGAGAAGAAAUGCUGUGUUAAUGUCACAGUCGCAUCUGAAUUUGAUUGAAUUUGAUAACAUGUUUAAACACAGCCAAAAAAAAAAAGGUUUGAACUCACUCUUUUGAUGCCAUGUUAUGAACAUCUUGAGCCAGUCCACUCGAUCUUUGAUCUGUCAAAAACA